AUGGGUAUCACAUCCUUCAUAUCGAGCGUUGUCGCUCCAAUGUUCAUCGUCAUAUCGCCUAUACUCUCCUAUGCUGAUCAGAUAUACUCCAUCCACCGGACCAAGUCGAGCGCGGGGUUUUCGCUGGAUAUUCCUUUGAUUAUGCUGGUUUCUUCUCUUCUAAGAGUGUUUUACUACCCGGGUGCGAAGUUCGACACAUCCCUCCUUAUGCAGUCCUUUAUCAUGAUUGGAAUCCAGACGGUGUUGCUCAAAGUUGCCCUCGAACACCGACCAGGGCCGUCUUCUAAAGGGGGAGAAGCUGCCAUCCCCUUUACAGGCGGCAAAGAAGGUGAACUCGGUAUAUCGAGACCGUAUAAUUUCUGGCAGUGGAGAUCGCCCAAGCCAUAUUGGCAAUUCGUCCUUUACCUUUUCAUAACCCUCACUGUGCUUGAGCUUAUCCUCACACCGAUGACUACAAUGUAUUCUAUAUACUCGUCGACAAUUGGCUACGUAGGGCUUUCUAUCGAAGCGAUUCUUCCCAUCCCUCAAAUUAUUACCAAUCAUCGAACCAGAUCAUGCAAGGGUUUCCGUCUUUCGGUGAUUGCCAGCUGGAUUGGAGGCGAUAUGAUGAAGAUGCUCUGGUUCUUCACGGCGACGACUGAGAUACCCUGGGGUUUCAAACUAUGUGGCAUGUUCCAGAUGUGCUGUGAUCUGUUCCUGGGGUUGCAAUACUGGAUAUAUGGGGACGGGCAAGCUCUAAUGGCGGUCAAGGAUCAUGGGAUGAAUAUGAAUGGAUUUGCGGCCGGCUCGAGGUCCCCGAUGAAGGAGAAGGAUGUACUGUACGAUUAG